AUGGGUGUACCGCAUUUGUUGGAACCGUACAAUUAUUUGGUCAGAAAUAGUGGCAAACAAAUUAGGACUAAAAUGAUUAAGGCGUUUAAUGUAUGGCUACAAUUGGAGAACAAGGAUCUAUUGCUGGUCUCAGAAAUAAUUGAAUUACUGCAUAAUUCAGCCAUCUUGAUUGAUGACAUCGAGGACAGUUCAGAAUUGCGUAGGGGUGAGCCCAGUGCUCAUCUGGUGUAUGGCAUCGCCACUACUAUUAAUUGUGGAAAUUAUGGCUAUUUCUUGGCCUUAGAGAAAGUGGUUCAACAAAUGCCUCAACAUUUACAACAAAAAGCGUGUGAAAUAUAUGCCAACCAAAUGAUUGAAUUGCAUCAGGGACAGGAUUACAUUAACACAUGA